AUGCGCUCUUUCCUUAGGUUUCUUCUAUCAAGACGAAACUCGUUCAAGCCUCCGCAGCAGACACACUACAAAGCCAUGUCUACAAGCUCUGCGUCAGCGCUGCUGUACGCUGCAUCAGUAGCGAGCCCUGCAGUGGCGGGCACGAAGCCUGACGACGACUUUACUAAGAACAAAGUCUGGCAUCUCAAGCAUGGCGGCUUUGAGAAUCCGUGGCCUAGCUGGCAGGCUAUGUCAGGCCCAAGCAUUAUGAAGGCUAUGAUAUCAAGACGAUUCUCCGGAGCCAGCAAUAGCCCGGACACAACACCUCCACCCAAUCAGAAGUUGCGAGCAACAUGGCUUGGUCAUGCCUGCUACUACGUGGAGUUCCCAGGCGGACUGAAGGUGCUGUUCGACCCCGUGUUCGAAGACAGAUGCUCGCCGUUCUCAUGGCUAGGGCCGAAACGAUACACACCUCCGCCCUGCGAAGUCACAGAUAUCCCGACCAUAGACGCCGUGAUCAUCAGCCACAACCACUACGAUCACCUGUCGCUCCCCACGGUCACAAAGAUCUCGAAGCAAUACCCAGAUGUGCAUUUCUUCGUGCCACUAGGCAAUAAGAAGUGGUUCAAGGAGUCAAAUAUUCACAAUGUGACCGAGCUGGAUUGGUGGGACGAAGUUGACCUGACACUCACACCAAAGAGCGGGAAGGAUCGCAGUCCAAGCGUCACCUCAGCGGACGAGCCGAAACCAGAGGGCGCAAUCACAGCUCGGAUAGGAAGUCUACCGUGUCAGCACAUGACAGCGAGGUCAUUGACCGACCGAUGCGCGACCCUGUGGUCCUCCUGGUCAGUCACGUCAGGCGGGAAGUCAAUCUGGUUUGGCGGCGACACAGGCUACCGAGCUGUACCAAAAGAAUCUGACGGCGAGGACGAUUGGAGUGAAAAAUGGGCGCACUUGCCACACAACCCAGAAUUCAAGAAGAUCGGCACCAUGCGAGGACCAUUCGACCUUGGACUAAUACCGAUCGGAGCUACAUGCCUCGACGUCCUGGAGCCGCCGCAAAAGCUCAAGGAGGCACUCAAACAUCACAAUAUACCGGAGGAGGGCGUUUUCGAUGUCUGUAAUAUUGGCGAAAGCAGGGAGUUUUAG